AUGCCCACCGUGCCCUCUGCGCUCCCGGUGCCCCUGGUUGCCGGCACGCUCGGGCUGUUCGGCUGCUCCGGGGAGGAGUCGCCCGCCACACUGUCGCGGUGGCGCCUCCCGAGAGCGUUGUCGCUGGACAGCGCUGGCCAGGUGCUCUACGUGUCCGACGCCGGGAACCACGCGGUGCGGCGCGUAGACCUUCGCACAGGGCGCGUCGCCACGUUCGCUGGGACGCUCGGGCGGCAGGGCGCCAUGGGCGACGGCGGCCAGGCUACCGCGGCGCUGCUCCGGGAGCCGCACGGCCUGGCCCUGGACAAUGCCUCCCGCCGGCUGUUUGUGGCCGACCGAGGGAAUUCAGGGCGUGCGGCCAGCGCGCAGCUGAGGUACCCAGCCGGAUUGGCGAUGGACCAGGCGAGCGAGCGGCUUUUCGUGGCGGACCUGGGCAACUCUGUGGUGCGCGCGCUCGACUUGCGGUCCGGCGUGCUGUGGGGGCUGGUGGCAGCGCAGGCGGUGGAGCUGUGGCAGCCGGCCGGCUUGGCGGUGGACUCCCAGGGCCAGGUGCUCUACGUGGCCGACUCUGGCCAGCACGUGGUCCUUGCGCUGAACCUCUCGGAGGCCCCCGCCGACGAGAACGCCUCGGGCCUCGCCGACCAGAACACCUCGGGCCUCUCCAACGAGAGCGGCGAGAACGCGUCUGGGCUCCCCGAUGAGAACGCCUCGGGCCUCUCCAACGAGAGCGGCGAGAACGCCUCGGGCCUCCCCGACGAGAGCGCCUCGGACCUCCCCAACGGGACCGCCACCGCAGGGGACGGCUUCAGAGCGGCGCCCGUGGUGCUGAGCUCCGCCGUCGUCCUCGGCACCCCAGGGCGCGCCGGCGGCCGAGGCGACGCGGCUACGGCGUUCCGUGGCGAGGUCGGCUCAGGCCUGCAGGUGUACCUGAAGGGCCCCAGCGACCUGGCUGUGGACUCCGUUGCCCAGCGGCUGUACGUGGCGGACGCGGCCAACCCGGCGGUGCUCGUGCUCGAUCUGGCGAGCGGAGUGGUGGCGACGGCGGUGGCCAGGCCAGGCUACUACGGCCACGGGCUCUCCGACGAGGACGCAGGCGACUCCGGCCUGGCCUUGUCGGAGCCUGCGGUCCCUGGUACGCCGAUCAUUUUCACCACGACCCAUCCACCAGAGGGUGGCGCUGACUGGGUCGGCAAAUACUUUUAUCUGAGGGCCUUCGGCCACUGCAGGCCCCCACAACGGGGGCCGCCGGAUUUCGCCGGGCACACGGCCGCCCCAGCCUUCACAGAGGGGGUGUACCAGGCCCUACACUUCCGCCGCGGGGUGCUGCACUGGGUCGGCUUCGUGCAGCUGUACAACACGAGCUACCGGAUAAGCGAGGUCCCGAUCUUCUGCCAUAGUUGUACCGCAGCGGGCUACCGGGUCUCGUCCCCGGAGGAGGGCCAGUGGGAAGUGGGCGACGUCGUCAUGUUCCCAGCCCUGCACGAGCAGCCUGCCACCCAGGUGCUCUACAUGGCGGAGGGUCACAACUUCGUGGUCCGCGCCGCGGAUUUGGCGGUGCCGCCGGAGCCGUUGUGCGCCGGCUAG